UGAUCCCAGGACCCUAAGAUCAUGACCUGAGCCGAAGGCAGAGGCUUUAACCCACUGAGCCACCCAGGUGCCCACCUGUAAAUCCCUUUUACAAAGAUGGCUCGGAAAGCUAAGAAGGAAGCCCCUGCCCCUCCCAAAGCCGGAGCCAAGGCAAAGGCUUUGAAGGCCAAGAAAGCGGUGCUGAAAAGAGUCCACAGUUACAAAAAAAAGAAGAUCCGCACAUCACCUACGUUCGGACGACCCAAGACUCUGCGUCUCCGAAGGCAGCCCAAAUACCCUCGAAAAAGCGCCCCCAGGAGAAAUAAGCUUCAUCACUAUGCCAUCAUCAAGGUCCCCCUGACCACUGAGUCAGCCAUGAAGAAAAGAGAAGACAACAACACACUUGUGUUCAUUGUGGAUGUCAAGGCCAACAGGCACCAGAUCAAACAGGCUGUGAAGAAGCUCUAUGACAUUAGUGUAGCCAAGGUCAACACCUUGAUCAGGCCUGAUGGAGAGAAGAAGGCAUACAUUCGGCUGGCCCCUGACUAUGAUGCUUUGGAUGUUGCCAACAAAAUUGGGAUCAUCUAAGCUGAGUCCAGCUGGCUAAAUCCAAAUACAGGUUUUUUUCAU